AUGCAUUCCUUCCCAGUACUUCUCGCAUCUCUUUUCGCGGUGCUUCCGCACGUCGCCGCCCACGGCUACCUCAAGAGCGUUGCCAUCGACGGCAAGACAUACCAGGGCAACGUCCCGAACCAGGCCGCAGCCGACAGCCCGAUCCGCCAAAUCAACGACGUCGACCCCGUAAAGGGCGCGAGCAACCCGAACCUCUCGUGCGGCCAGAGCGCGCAGAACGCGGCGCUCGUCGUGCCCGCCAACCCCGGCAGCACGGUCGCCUUCGCCUGGGCCUCCGGUAACGGCGGCAACUGGCCGCACAAUACCGGGCCCAUGCUGACGUACAUGGCGUCGUGCGGGAGCACGACUUGUGACAAGUUCGAUGCAUCGGGCGCGCAGUGGUUCAAGGUCGACCAGGUUGGCAAGAAGAGCGACGGCUCGACCUGGGUGCAGCAGGACAUCAUGAACGGCCAAACCUACUCGAUGACGCUCCCGGACAACAUCGUCCCCGGCGACUAUCUCAUCCGGCAUGAGAUCAUCGCUCUGCAGCUGGCUGUGUCCAUGGGCGGCGCAGAGUUCUACCCGUCCUGUACUCAGGUGCGAGUCAGCGGCAACGGCAACGGCGCCCCCAACGCGACCGUGAGCUUCCCUGGCGCGUACUCCGACAGCGACCCCGGCAUCUUCGACCCCAAUGUCUACAACCCGGGCUCGAGCUACACGUUCCCUGGUCCCACCAUCGCCUCCUUCGUCACAGACAGCGGCAACGGCGCCUCUACCGACCCCUCUCCUUCGGCAUCUGCGCCCGUCUCCGCAUCUGCCUCUGCCUCCGCGUCCGCGUCGGCAUCUGCGGCCCCUUCCGCAUACCCGUCUGUAUCCCCCACCAGCCCCAGCUCCGCUUCUGCCGCACCGACCGCCACUAGCUCAAGCUCUGGCAGCUGCCCCGGCAUGGACAAACGUUCGGGGUACCGUCCCCGUCGUUUCAGCCGGGUUAUGCGCGACAUCAACCAAGAUUGA